AGUUUUGGAAUGAUUAUGUGGGAAUUUAUGACAGGUAGAAGACCUUUUUGGGAUGAAAUUCAUGAUAUAGAACUUAUAAUCAAAAUAUGUGAUGGUUUAUGACCACCAAUUGUUACAAAUGCACCUGAAGGAUAUAUUGAAUUAAUGAAGGAAUGCUGGCAUUCUGAUCCAGCAAAAAGACCAACAACUAUAAAUGUGACUUUGAAAAUUAAUAAAAUGAUUCAUAAUGAACGUGAUAUAAAUCAAACUAAAAUUAUUAAAUCAUCAGAUAUUGGACCUGCAACAAUAACUAGUCCAGGUGCCAUUUAUAAGAGUAGACCAUUAAGUCGCAUGAUUAAAUCUGCAAUGUCUUUAAGGAGUUCAAGGAGUCAAUCUAUCGAUCCAUUUUAUUAUUAUCAGAAAAACACUGAUAAAAGAAAACUUGAAGAUAAUUUGGUUGAAGACAAUAAUGAUAAUGAACAAAAUAUUAAAAGAAGAAAAUUUCUUGAAUCUGAAAAUAGUGAUUACUUAACAAAAGAAAUUGAAUUAGAUAUUAAUAUGAGCUCUAAUCAACCUCAUGAUAAAGGAUAUGUCACCAAAGAGAUUGAUCUUGAUAUCAAUCAUGUUCUUUAAAUUAUAAUGUUUAAACCCAAUUUUUUUACUUAUUAUGCAGUACUAUAAAUAGCUG